AUGUCUUCAACAACCAGACAGCAAGUGUAUCAUUAUCAACCGCCCACCCCCAAUCAGAUCAGAGCCGCUCAGAUACUUAUCCACAAGUAUGAAAGCGAGGUCCACGAAUAUGCAGCUCGCAUCAAAGAUCUUCAAAGCUACCUAAGCGAGUCGACGGAUGCCGCCGUCAAACAAGAUUUUCAAGUCAUGAUAAACGAUCUAUUCUCAGAGAGGGAGGAGAGAAAGAAAUUACUCGAUGAGCAGAAGAACCUGAUUGCUCCCAUUCGACUCUUACCCGCUGAAUUACUUCUCCUGAUAUUUGAACAUCAUGUUCAUUAUAACGAUCAGUCCCUAUGGACAAUACUGGCCGUUUGUCGCUCCUGGAGAUAUAUUGGAAUGGGAGCCCCAAGAAUUUGGAACAAGCUAGAAGUCGCUUUGGGUCUUAUGGAGACCUCAAACUCGAAGGCUCUGCGCUUUGAAAGCUUCUCCUCUAAUGGGAUCAUUUGUUCGAAUUUGGAUAUGCUAGAGAUGGUCCUUGUUCGAUCUGGAGUUAUACCUGUUUAUGUUACCAUCUCGAUAGGAUCAAAUGCUGUUGAUCUAACGAUGCUGCAGCUG